AUGGGAAGCAGAGCACCGGGAGCAGGCAGGGAGCCGCUUGGCCGUGCUCACCCCGUGCACGCUUCCCUUCCAGGUUACACCGUCUCCUCCGUCAUAUCCACCAAGCACGAGCGGAUUUACGUUGCGGGAGCGCCCAGGUUCAACCACACCGGGAAAGUCAUCCUCUUCAGCAUGCACAACAACCGCAACCUCACCAUCCACCAGGCGCUGAAGGGUGAGCAGAUCGGCUCCUACUACGGCAGCGAGAUCAACUCCCUGGACGUCAACGGCGACGGCGUCACCGACGUCCUGCUGGUGGGAGCCCCCAUGUACUUCAGCGAGGGCAGGGAGAGGGGCAAGGUCUAUGUCUACACCCUGCGCGAGAACCACUUCGUUUCCAGCGGUGCCCUCAUAGAUCUGCAGAGCUACCAGAACUCCCGCUUCGGCUCCUGCAUCGCCGCCGUGCCCGACCUCAACCAGGACUCCUACAACGACCUCGUCGUCGGGGCACCUUUGGAGGACGAGCACCAAGGAGCGAUAUACAUCUUCCUCGGCUUCAAAGAGACCGUCCUGAAGAAGUACAAGCAGCGCAUCGCAGCCGCCGACCUCGCGCCAGGCCUGAUGUAUUUUGGAUGCAGCAUCCACGGACAGCUGGACCUGAACGAAGACGGGCUGGUGGACUUGGCCGUUGGCUCUCUGGGGAACGCCGUGCUGCUGUGGUCCCGCAGCGUGGUCCAGAUCAACGCCAGCAUCCGCUUCGAACCCGCCAAAAUCAACAUCUUCACCAAGGACUGCAAACGCAACGGGAAGGAUGCCACCUGCAUGUCAGCCUUCGUCUGCUUCACCGCCCUCUUCCUCUCGGCUCACUUCCAGACCGCCAGCGUGGGNCUGCGGUACAACACUACCGUCGACGAGCGCCGGUACACGCCGCGGGCACACCUGGACGAGAGCGGGGAGCGGCACACGCAGAAGGGGCUGCUGCUGCUCGGUGGCCAGGAGCACUGUGACCGGCUCCAGUUCCACGUCCUGGACACAGCGGACUAUGUGAAGCCGGUGACGUUCUCCAUCGACUACGAGCUGGAGCACCCUGAGAACGGCCCCAUGCUGGACGACGGCUGGCCCACCUCACUCAAGGGCUCGGUCCCUUUCUGGAACGGGUGCAAUGAGGAUGAGCACUGCGUCCCUGAUCUGGUCCUGGAUGCCAAAAGCGACGUGCCCAGUGCCAUGGAGUACUGCCGGCGGGCGCUGCGGAGGGCUCCGCCGGACUGCUCCGCCUUCAGCCUCUCCUUCGACGCCUCCGUCUUCGUCAUCGAGAGUAGCAGGAGGAGGGUGGCCGUGGAGGCGGUGCUGGAGAACCGAGGAGAAAACGCCUACAGCACGGUCCUCAACAUCUCCUUCUCCAGAAACCUCCAGUUCGCCAGCUUGAUCCCCAAGGAUGACACGGACAUCAACAUCGACUGCAUGACCGAAGACAAGAACCCCAACAAGAAAGUGUGCAACGUGAGCUACCCCUUCUUCCGAGCCAAGGCCAAGGUAGCUUUCCGCCUGGAUUUCGAAUUCAGCAAGUCGGUUUUCCUUCAAGGCAUGGAGAUCUACUUGGUCGCCAGCAGCGACAGUGAGGAGAAGGAGAGCACCAAGGAGGACAACUUCGCCCACCUGAAUUUCCACCUGAAGUACGAAGCCGACCUGCUCUUCACCAGGACAUCGAGCCUGGACUACUACGAGAUCAGGUCCAACAGCUCCCUGGAGGGGUAUGACAGCAUCGGCCCCCCCUUUCAUUGCACCUUCAAGCUGCAGAACCUGGGCUUCUUCCCCGUGGAGGGGGCGACCAUCAAGCUCACCGUCCCCGUGGCCACCCGGGGCGAUGGCAACCGCCUCCUGCUCCUCACCGAGUUCAUGGUGGACCAGGAGAACACGACCUGCAACAUCUGGGGAAACACCACUGACUACCGCAGGACGCCCACCCUCUCCCGCACCCCCCACCUGAACCACAGCAACUCCGACGUGGUUUCCAUCGACUGCAAUGUGAAAUUAGCCCCCAACGAGGAGAUGAGCUUGCACUUGCGUGGCAACCUGUGGAUGAAGUCUCUGAAAGCACUGAAGUUCAAGUCACUGAAGGUCACCAUGAACGCCGCAAUCCAGCGACGCUUCGGGAGCCCCUUCAUCUUCCGCGAGGAAGACCCCAGCCGCCAGAUAACGUUUGAAAUCUCCAAGGCGGAGGAGUCGCAG